AUGUUCGCGGUUCGCCAAGCCCUCCGGUCCUCCCGUACCAUUGCUUCUCGUACGAUCCCCACUGCUUUUCGUCUCUCGAUUCCUAGUGGUGUUCGCGCUUCGCGCGCCUUCUCUACCAGCAGCCACCGCGAGUCCAACGAGGCGCCUUGGGCGAUUGUUUCAGCGGCUGUAUUCGGCAGUUUGAUGGCCUAUGUUGUUACAAUGGAUGUGGGUCACCACGAAGAACAUGCUAUUCACUCCAAAUCUUCGGACGACGACGUCCCUGCCGACAAGAAGGAGUCUUCUAACGAGAGCACUUCUGAUAGCAAGGAAGAGAAUGAUGCCGACUCGGAUAACUCUGAAUCGAAGGAGCAGGAGUCUGGCAAGAAGGAGGAAAAGAAGGAUGUGAAGAAGGGCGAGGAGAAGAAUGAGGAAAAGGGCGAAAAGAAGGAAGAGGAGAAGGACGAGAAGGACGAGAAGGACGAGAAGGAAGAGAAGGAGGAGAAGUAA